AUGCCUCGCCCUAGUGCGAAAUGGGGCGACUUAUCGCCAUCGCUGAGCGCACCGAUGCUCGAGGUGAUUGAAGGUCUCGGAUUCGACAAGAUGACACCGGUUCAGGCGGCUACCAUUCCCCUGCUCAUGUCCUAUAAGGAUGUAGCUGCAGAAGCGGUGACGGGAUCGGGCAAAACGUUGGCAUUCCUGAUCCCUUUGCUAGAGCUGCUGCUCAAAAGAAAGCGGAGCGAGCCGUGGAAAAAGCAUGAAAUUGGAGCUGUUAUAGUUUCUCCCACACGCGAAUUGGCCACCCAAAUACACGACGUCCUUUCCGAGUUUUUAAGCCACGAAGAGUUGGCCUGCUUUCGCCAGAAGAUGGUCAUCGGUGGAAAUGCCGUGGAAGACGAUGUUGUUGCGAUCCUGAAAGAUGGUGUUAACAUUUUAGUGGCCACCCCCGGUCGACUGCAGGAUCUUUUCGAUCGUAAGGGAGAUUUAAAUCUAGCCGCCAAGGUAAAGAGUUUAGAGCUGCUGGUACUGGACGAAGCGGACCGUUUGCUGGAUAUGGGAUUUGAGGCGACCAUCAACACGAUCCUCACAUAUCUACCGCGUCAGCGCCGUACCGGACUGUUUUCGGCAACCCAAACUAAAGAGGUUAAGGAUUUGAUGCGCGCAGGUCUCCGCAAUCCGGUGCUGGUGAGUGUCCGCGAAAAGGCAACCACCAGUACACCAAAGCUGCUGCAAAAUUACUACGCCAUCGUUGAGCCGGAGCAAAAACUGGCGGCUUUGCUGGAGUUUAUACGCACCAAGAGUGUGAAGAAAGCGAUGAUGUUCUUUCCGACGUGUGCUUGCGUCGAGUAUUGGUCCGUCGCAUUGGCGGAGCUUGUAUCCUCGAUGCAGGUACUGGCAUUGCAUGGAAAAAUGAAAUCGCAACGUUUCCGGAUACUGAAGUCGUUUCGGGAAGCGGAUAGCGCGUUGCUGCUCUGUACCGAUGUACUUGCCCGUGGUGUCGAUAUUCCUGAGGUGGAUUGGGUGCUGCAGUGGGAACCGCCGUCAAAUGCAGCAGCAUUCGUGCAUCGUGUCGGCCGUACGGCACGCCAAGGAUCAGAAGGAAAUGCACUUAUACUGCUGCUUCCAUCAGAGGAUGCGUAUGUAAACUUCCUGACACGAAAUCAAAAAGUUUCGCUAAAGGAAAUCGAGCUAGAGCUUCCCGAGCAAAGGCUUACCGAAAUCCUCCACACGUUGCAUCAACUACAGCAGAAAGAUCGGGCCACCUUCGACAAAGCUAACCGAGCGUUUGUCUCACACGUUCAGGCGUACAGUAAGCACGAGUGUAAUUUAAUCCUGCGCCUAAAGGAUCUCGAUCUCGGCAAGGUAGCGACAAGCUACGGAUUGCUACAACUUCCCCGGAUGCCGGAAAUUAAGCCACAGUUUAAGGAGUCGUUCCGUGGCCCCGAGCAGACGGUGGACGUUUUUGCGCUAGCUUACAAGGACAAGCAAAAGCAGGCCUCAUUCCAGGACAAGCUGAAAACGUACGCCGAAACAGGCGAAUGGAAAGGUAAAAAGAAACUCAUACGCAAAAAAUCGGUUCCCUGGGAGCUGGCCAACAAGGAGCGUGAAGAACGCAAAGAAAUAAGGAAAAAACGAAGGGAGAAGAAACAAACACGAAAGGCCGCGAUUGAGGCAGGUGCUGUCGUGCCGAUUAAAAAGAAACGAUCCAAAUUUUCACAAGAAGAGCUCGAUGAACUGGCCAACGACAUUCGGUUGUUGAAGAGGGUGAAAAAGAAGAAAAUCACUGAAGAGGAAUACGCAGACGAAAUGGGCAUAAAGGAUGGGGUGGAUGAUUCGGAAUAA